AUGAACGACAAAUAUAAUGUUGAUGAUAAUGUUACCAAUUCUAUUCCAAACUCUGCUUUCACUGCUACUUCUGACGAUGUUAUCAUCAGUCACCAUAACAAUGAGAAACUUAUCGUUGCAAUCGAUCAAGGCACAAGCAGCUCUAGAGUCAUAAUUUUUUCCUCAAAAAAUGGAAGAAUUAUAGCUAUGCAUCAGAUACCUGUAACACAAUCUUAUCAAUCCCCUGGUUGGGUUGAAAUGAAUGCUAAUGAAAUAUAUGAAACUGUUGUGGAUUGUUUAAAUAAAUGUGUUGAAGAGUUAAAUGAAAAAAGAAGAAGUAUACAAGAUAUCAUUGGUAUUGGAAUUACUAAUCAACGUGAAACAACUAUUGCAUGGGAUCGUGAAACAGGUAAACCAUUGGCUCCAGCAAUCGUUUGGUCAGAUGCAAGAACUGCUGAUGAUGUUGUAAAGUUUAUUCAAUUAGCUCCAGAAAGUAAACCAAAUGCCUUCCAGCAUAUUACAGGUUUGCCAAUACACAGUUAUUUCUCAGCUGUUAAAAUGAAUUGGUUAUUAAGCCAUAUAGAAGCAGUAAUAAAGGCUAAUGAAGACAAUAGGCUGUUAUUUGGUACAGUCGAUUCUUGGUUAGUAUGGAAAUUGACUAAUCAUGCAUGUCAUGUCACUGAUGUAACAAAUGCAAGCCGAACACUGUUAUUCAAUUUGCAUACACUAGAAUGGGAUGAAAAAUUAUGCCAAUUUUUUCAUAUCAAUCCACGUACUCUUCCAAAUGUGAUAUCAUCAGCUGAAUUAGUUGGAGUUAUUCAAGAUACAAAUUGUCUUAUGAAAGGUAUUCCAAUAUAUGGAAUUCUAGGUGAUCAACAAGCAUCACUUGUUGCACAGACAUGGACAUCAUUAACCUCAGUAGAUGACAGUUUAUCUGAUAUAUCUGGUGUGAAAAUCACUUAUGGGACAGGUGCAUUUAUGCUAUGGAAUAUUGGCAGCCAACCAUUUUUCUCAGAUAAAGGAGUUUUAACUACAAUAGCUUAUCAAAUUGGUCCAAAGGCAAAACCACAUUAUGCUCUAGAGGGAGCUGUGUCGUACGCUGGUGCCACGAUGAAAUGGUUGAAAACAAAACUUGAGGUUUUCAAAGAUUAUGAAGAAUCUGAGAAACUGGCUUCAUCUGUUUUCAAAGAACAAAAGUCUGGAGAACCAGAUCCAUGUUACUUAGUCCCAGCAUUCAGUGGUCUAUUCUGUCCAUGGUGGCAAGAAAGUGCACGUUGUGUUAUAUGCGGGAUUACAGCAAAUAUUAGCAAAGCUGAUCUUAUAUACGCUGGUUUAAGAUCAUCCGUUUAUCAAACUUAUGAUGUUAUGUUAGUAGCCACUUUGGCCCAAACUGAUCGAAGGCGUCAUUCACACACACCAUUGAUUACUUUAGAAAAGCCAAAGGAGAUCAUUGUUGAUGGUGGGAUGUCAAACAGUAGUGUGUUAAUGCAAAGUUUGGCAGAUGUUUUGAAUAUGACAGUUAAACGACAUAAUCAUUCUAAUGUAAUGACUGCAUUAGGUGUUGCAAUAGUUGUAGCAUUAACAUUAAAAAUAGAUCCAUCUGGACUUUUAAAACUUCGACAGUAUACAGAUGAACAAGAUCAACAACAAUCAAUAUUUCAUCCUAGAAUUGAUUCAAAACAUCGUGAUAUUAUGUUGACUGGUUGGUAUGCUUCUGUUAAACGUAGUUUAAAUUGGACAAUAGAUGAACAAGAAAUUACAUCAAAAAGUACAUUUUUCAAUUUAUUGAAACAUAUUUAUAAUGAGCAAUCAUUAAAUGAGGAUAACAUGGUAAAAAAGCAACGAUUCCCACUCAAAUCCGUUGAAAAGUUUUCCAUUGGAGUAGCGGCUAUCGGUCUACUUAUACUCGGAAUUUGA